AGUUAUGGCUGCCGGCUAUCAUCGCUUUGGUAGCUUUAGCCGGAAUCCGUAAACACCUCUAUCUAUCUGGGUUUGUCCCAUUAUCGAACUCCAGCUCCCCUCCAAGCCCAAUCGGUAGGUCCCCAGCACACCGCCGCCAUCAAUCGGAAACCCACCUUCACCAAGGAACCCAGCUAACCCAGAAACCAUUUACAGCUUUUAUUAUUGCAAUUCAAAUUCAGUGAUACUUUAGGAACUGAUAUCAUGUCAUGGCAAAGGUUUUCUAGUAGAAUCAUCCUCAAUAAUUUGAAAAAUCUCGGGCGCUCCUCUCAUGAAUCCAGGUGAACAUUUUGUAUUGCUAAUGGUAAAGUACAGACCUUUACCAUCUAUGUGUUCUUGUCUUGAUAAGAAAAACAUAGGUGAACUUAGAGAUAAAGAAAUAAGAAUGGAUUUUAGUUUUAGGAGAAAGCAAGUUAGUUUUCAUUCCAAACUAUGCCCCAUAAAGGGGAAUACAACUACACUGGGCAUACCCUGGCACACUUCAUCCAUUUAUCUCCCAAUUAACAAGCUCAAACGAUAAACAAUAAGAUUUACUACAGAGUUUACACUUCCACAUACUCCAGUAAACAACCAUCUGUUCCUCUCAUACCUUAGGGAAUAUAUAGUUGUUGCAAAUGCAACCUUCCUUCAAAUAGCUAGUGCUCCUGUUCCUUCCUUUUGUUUCCUGCUGUAAUCAAGACCAUUCAGCACU